AUGGAAUUUGUACUGUAUAAAUCAUUAUAAAAUAAGGCCAAUGGUUGCAGUUGUUAUAAUAAUUUUAUUGGGAAUGAUUGUAAUCAAAUUGCUCAAGAAUUAUUACUUGAAACUUAAAAAGCAUUAACUUUUCCAACUUCAUACUUAAUUACUUUUUUCUAUAUAGAUCUUGAACCUAUAAAAGAAUAAACAUUAAGACUUCAUUUUAGUUUGCCUGAAAAAUAUUCUGAAGAACUCAAAUAUUUAAUAGAAGUAAGGUUUUAUAGAUCAAAGGCUCUUAUAAAGUAGUUUUUUAAUUAGAUGCAUUAUUAUGUUGAAUCUUUUUUUAUUGAAAACAAAAAUCUAACCAUAACAAUUAGAAUUCCAUCUAAUUUAACUGCUUAGUAUCGAAUUUUAUAGUUUGCAAUUUUAAAAGAAUAAAUUACUGUUGAUUCUUUAUAAUUAAAAAUUGAUACUGAUUAUGAGGAAGAUGAUAAUGAAAGUGAUGAAAUUAGUAGAUUACUAUAUAUUAUUAUCCCAACAGUUGUAGGUUCAAUCAUAAUAUUUCUUCUUAUAAUUUAUUAUGUGAAAAAGAGAAAAAAUUAAGCAGCUAAUUAUUAAAUACCUGCCCCAAUAAAUAAUAUUGUUAAUGAACCAGAAAAAUGUGGAAUAUGCUUAGAAGAACUUAACAUUAAGAAUACAGCAGUAGUCAAGAUUCAAUGCGAGUAAAUAAAAUAAUCUUAUUAAGUCAUCAAUUCCAUCUUCAUUGCAUUUAAGAUUGGGCUAAAAAAUAAAUGAACAAAUAAUCUGAUUGUCCAUACUGCAGAAAACCAUUCAAUCCAAAUGAAUUUAAAUGA